AUGCUCACCUCCCACCGCAACCGUGGUAGCCUUAUCUGCUUUUCGACGUUUAACUAUAACAACUAUCGGUUUAUGAGUCGAGAUAAUGAAAAUGUCGGAAAAUCCAAUCAAUCAUCAGUUAAUCCCGAUCAAGUACUGUCCGUUGAUCCCGAGGUCGCUUUAUUCACCCCUGCUGGAGGAAAAUCGGAGCAUAUGUUGGUAAAUCUCAGUGACAAACAUCUGGCCGUCAAGGUACGGUGUAGUAAUAAUGCGCUUUAUCGUGUGAGACCCGUAUACCAGGUGGUCGAGACAGGACAGUGCAAGAGUUUGAUAGUGACACGAUUGAUUGGUGAGUACUCAGUAUAA